AUGUCCAAAAGAGUGAAGAAGAACGCCAUUAUGAUCCCAUCUCCACGGAGCGGUGGUUACCGAAGCUUCUUCAACUCUCUACCUCCUUACCCGCCAAUUACCAAGCUCCUUCAAGGUAUCUUCAAGUAUACGGAUAAGUUGCAAAUCUGUGAAAGCUUGGCAAAGAGCGGCGUUAUGAUCUACCCUUUAUUUUCUCCCGUGGAGCACCUUUUCAAAGGCUCAUAUGCAUUGUUUGCAAUAGCCGUUUAUGACCACACGUUGGUCGAGGAUUUCGCGAAGCCCGUCUUCAUGGUCGAAUCCGCCAAAGCCUCAACAGAUUUUUCAAACCUUGUAAACUUUUUUAAAAGUGAACACCUCUUUGCAAAACUCAUGAAGCCUCUAUCUUCAUUUUCUUGCAAAGCAAUCCGACUAAAAUCAAGGAGAUGUGGAGGGGAGAAGCUUCCGCCUGAUACCAACGGUAAGAGCUCCACAUGCGGUGUAGCGAUGCAGAGUAGAAAAGGGAGAUCUACGGCGAAGAACGAGAGAGACAAGUAGAUAGAUCUGAGACCGAAAAUUGUGGCGGUUCCACGAGAUCUUUGUCGAUGGGGGAGGUAUAUUUGAUCCGGCAAAGCGAAGCCAACGUCGAAGGUCUCUGUUUUCUAUUCCCUACUAUUUUCUCUCUUUCAUGACUGAGCAAGGAUCUCUUCAACAAAAACGAGAUCGGCUCUCUUCCUCCUUCUCAAAACAACUCUACAGUGGCGGCAUGGCAACAAAUUUUGGAUCACCAUCUCGUUUGGCUGUCCUAUUUCAGCGAGAAUCUGCAGUUUUGGACGGCGGCUCGAUCAUGUUUUUUGAUUGAGA